GCGGCCGCCGCCCCACGGGGCCCCGGGAGCCGGCGCACGGAGCUGCGACUUACUCACCUCUCCCUUCUGCUUCUCUUCAUCGGCCUCUGAGGGCUCAGCGCCCAGGGUCUGGCAGAAGACCCUGAUGACAGUCGAGUCCCCAAGCCUCGGCCUCCAGUCUCCCCACGUCUCUAUGGCCAACACCGCUCUCCCCGGCUCGUGCCCUCCCCACUCCCUUCCGGCUGCCGGCGCGCCCUCCCUCCCUGGUGGCCCCGGCUCCUCUCACCCUCUGCUCCCACUUGUUGCAAUUGCUGUACAAAGGGCCGGGGCGGAGGUUGGGGGCGGGCGAGGGCAGCCGGUCCUGAACUGGCUGCCUCUGCCGGGCCACGGCCAAUCCAGAGCGCGCCCGCGCGGGAGGGCCCUGGGAAGCCGCCGCCGGCGGGCGGAGCCGCGGGCAAAGCGCGGAGCUCGCCGCCCGCUGCCCGCCGGGGCUCUCCGGCUUCGCCAUGCCGCCGUGGGGCGCCGCCCUCGCCCUCAUCUUGGCCGUGCUCGCCCUGCUCAGUCUGCUCGGCCCGAGGCUCCGGGGACCCUGGGGGCGCGCCGUCGGAGAGAGGACCCUGCCGGGGGCCCAAGACCGGGACGAUGGGGAGGAGGCGGACGGCGGAGGCCCGGCGGACCAGUUCAGCGACGGGCGCGAGCCACUGCCGGGAGGGUGCAGCCUUGUCUGCAAGCCGUCGGCCCUGGCCCAGUGCCUGCUGCGUGCCCUGCGGCGCUCGGAGGCGCUGGAGCCCGGCCCGCGCUCCUGGUUCUCCGGGCCCCACCUGCAGACCCUCUGCCACUUCGUCCUGCCCGUAGCGCCUGGGCCUGAGCUGGCCCGGGAGUACCUGCAGUUGGCGGAUGAUGGGCUAGUGGCCCUGGACUGGGUGGUGGGACCUUGUGUUCGGGGCCGCCGGAUCACCAGCGCCGGGGGCCUUCCUGCGGUGCUUCUGGUGAUCCCCAAUGCGUGGGGUCGCCUCACCCGCAACGUGCUCGGCCUUUGCUUGCUCGCCCUGGAGCGCGGCUACUACCCGGUCAUCUUCCAUCGCCGCGGCCACCACGGUUGCCCGCUGGUCAGCCCCCGGCUGCAGCCUUUCGGAGACCCGUCCGACCUCAAGGAGGCGGUCACAUACAUCCGCUUCCGAAACCCGGCGGCGCCGCUGUUCGCGGUGAGCGAAGGCUCGGGCUCGGCGCUGCUUUUGUCCUAUCUGGGCGAGUGCGGCUCCUCCAGCUACGUGACAGGCGCCGCCUGCAUCUCGCCCGUGCUGCGCUGCCGAGAGUGGUUCGAGGCCGGCCUGCCCUGGCCCUACGAGCGGGGCUUUCUGCUCCACCAGAAGAUCGCCCUCAGCAGGUAUGCCACAGCCCUGGAGGACACUGUGGACACCAGCAGACUGUUCAGGAGCCGUUCCCUGCGAGAGUUUGAGGAGGCUCUCUUCUGCCACACCAAAAGCUUCCCCAUCAGCUGGGAUACCUACUGGGACCGCAACGACCCCCUCCGGGAUGUGGAUGAGGCGGCCGUGCCUGUGCUGUGUAUCUGCAGUGCUGACGACCCCGUGUGUGGACCCCCAGACCACACUCUGACAACUGAACUCUUCCACAGCAACCCCUACUUCUUCCUCCUGCUCAGUCGCCACGGAGGCCACUGUGGCUUCCUGCGCCAGGAGCCCUUGCCAGCCUGGAGCCAUGAGGUCAUCUUGGAGUCCUUCCGGGCCUUGACUGAGUUCUUCCGAACAGAGGAGAGGAUGAAAGGGCUGAGCAGGCACAGAGCUUCCUUCCUUGGGGGCCGUCGUCGUGGGGGAGGCUUGCAGAGGCGGGAAGUCUCUUCCUCUUCCAACCUGGAGGAGAUCUUUAACUGGAAGCGAUCAUACACAAGGUGAGAGACCUGGCCCGAGAACCCCCAAGUCCUGCAAAGAAAAACAGAGCUGGGCAAGGGGGAGUCCUGGAAAGAUGGGGCGGACUGAACAGAGGGAGCUCCAGCUCUGUGCUCCUCAUUCAGUCCCUCUCUCUUAAAUCGGUGCCUUGAAAGAGAAGGAACGUCCUGCGAGCCUGCACUCACUUCACCCGCAGCAGAACUCCUGCCUGGCCUCUGCUCAACAUGUCCCUACUCAUCCGGUCAGCAGCAGGGCCUUCCAGUCACUGUCUCCUGUCACUGACAUCACAAGCCAAAAGAUAGCACUUUUUCAAUCCAUGGACUCAGGAAAAAAUGCCCUCUUACUGGCAGUGGCUAGAGGGAUGAGACGUUUGUGUAUGUCACCGGGCAGUGACCCCGAUUCUCAAGCUGGAGUCAUUUGAUGUCAUGAGGACAGGAUGUUUGUGUCUCAGCCCCACUUCCCUCAUUUGCUCUGUGGUUGUGGCGCCCUGCUUUGACCGAAUGCUCUGGCAGCUGCAGCAGCAGGCCUGUGUGUGUGAGAAGGACGGCAGAGGCAGUGGGGCUGGCUCGCUGAGGGCCGAGCAGGUAGAGAAUGUGAACAUCCAUCUCAAGGAAUGCAAAGGUCCAAUCUCUCAGAGGAGCUCUGCAAGUCUCAGCUGGGAAUGGGGCUGAUCUGGCCCCCAAGCCUCACUGAAGAGAUCCCAAGGGUGUUUUACAAAUAGGAAGCGCUCUCAUGCAGGAUCUGAGGGCUUUGCUAGACCAUGGUUCAAGGAGUCAGAAUCUUGGCUACCCUACAUGUUCCCUCUGGCACCAUUUCAGGGGAUUACUCCAGAGAGCUGCAGCCAGAGCUGUUUAUCUCCUGAGAUGUGGACUUUCUCUAAGUCAGGAAAAGUACAAACCUCAUAACUUAGGUGUUUUCUGGUUAGUUGCUCCCUUUUCUGAUGCUACUACUGGCCUCUCCCUUUCCAGAGCCAGGAGACACAUCUGGGACCAGAGGAAACAAAAGCACCAAGAGGAUGACUAGAGCUGACCAGUGAUUUACAAAUAUUUCACAUUACAAUGCUUUGUCUGCUCAAUUAUUCAAAAGUCCAUCCCUGUAAAGGCAGAAAAGCUUCCUCUUAGAUCUGGCCACUCAGUGGGUAUUUGGUCUUAUGAAGAAUAAUGCUGAAGACUAGAGAUACAGUAUAUCAGAGAUAAUAUAUAGUAUACAGGUUGAUCUAAAUAUUCUGGUUUGGAUUAGGCAAUUAAAAUUUUUUUGGCAACAGGACAUAUGUUUCCAUGUGUUGCUAAGAUUCAAAAACUUUGCCCUGAAGUUUUAUUUUAAUCGUCAUUGAGAAAGAGGGCUCCUGUUCUGACCUCACAAAGAGCAAAGCAGUUCUAAAGAAGAGAGCUGCUUAUACCAAAACUCACAUUCCAAGACUUGGUAUAAGGUAUUCCUGAGGCCAUGAUUUCAGGUUUGGAUAAUCUUGCCCAACCUUGUUCUAGAUCAAAUCAGAAGAAACUUUGAAAUAACUCCAAGAAUCUGCACUGAAAUGUAGACAGCACUCGAUAAUCUAAGGCACAUUAUCUUGUUGUGAAAAAUUAUCUCCCUCCUGGCCAGGCGCGGUGGCUCACGCCUGUAAUCUCAGCACUUUGGGAGGCCGAGGUGGCUGGAUCAUGAGGUCAGGAGAUCGAGACUAUUCUGGCUAACACAGUGAAACCCCAUCUCUACUAAAAAUACAAAAAAUUAGCCGAGCACGGUGGUGGGCAUCUGUAGUCCCAGCUACUCGGGAAGCUGAGGCAGAAGAAUGGCGUGAACCCGGGAGGCGGAGCUUGCAGUGAGCCGAGAUUGCGCCACUGCAUUCCAGCCUGGGCAACAGAGUAAGACUCUGUCUCAAAAAAAAGAAAAAAAAAAUUAUCUCCCUCCUCCCCACUUCUUGUUUCUCCUCCAUAUUCCUCAUCUGACGUUCUUUUGCCAUUUCUAAGCAGGAUAAAUAAAAAGGAACUGAAAUUAA